AAUCUCAACAUAGUGGCCAGAGGAGGGAGAGUAGGUGGAUACCUCCAGAGGCUGGGCAGCGCGAAAUGAAUGUUGAUGGGGCUUGGAAUGAGCAUAGGCGUGUAUGGGAUGGGGCCAGUGAUACGGAAUGAGCAAGGGCAGGUUGUGGCUGCUAUGGCUUGUAAAGGGAAUGGGUAUUUACCAGCGGUGGUGGUGGAGGCUUAUAGCCUCAGGAAGUGCUUAUCUGGAUGGCAGAGUUGGGUUGUGGAUGGGUAGACGAAGUCGUGUGUGAUGCAGCAUGUGUGGUGAGUGGAGUUUCUGCUACAGAUCGAAGUGGGCUAUCAGAAUUGGAAAUGAAUUUUGAGGAUUGUC